AAAAUAGGUUGUCUAAAUAUUAUAUACUUAAAACUUAGACUUUUGUUUUACGAGCAAUAACUAAAUAUUUCUCAGUCCUUUACCACUGUGUCAUUUACCCAUGUGAGUGUCAUUUUACCAUCGUGUACACAUGCAUUUCCAAAGGCAAAACUUUCAUGCGUCCAAAAAUGUGUAAAUAAACUCCUUUAAUGUGCGUCAAUAAGUGUUAAACGUCAUCAACUACCAUGCUCCCGUAUCAGGCCGUGGCUAUGGACUACGCGGGCUAUCAGCGCCAGACGGCCCCAAUGAUGACCGGCGGUGUUCCCGGCAUGGGUCCAGGAAUGGUCGGAUCAGUGAGCGGCGUUGGGGCGCCGUUUUCGCACUCCUGUAUUCUCGAGCUGCGAAAAGAAAAAUCAAGAGAUGCCGCAAGAUCGAGGCGAGGAAAAGAAAAUUACGAAUUUUAUGAAUUAGCCAAAAUGCUUCCACUUCCUGCAGCAAUAACCUCACAGUUAGAUAAAGCCAGUAUAAUAAGGCUCACAAUCAGCUACCUUAAACUAAGAGAUUUCAGUGGACAUGGUGAUCCGCCAUGGAAUCGGGAAGGACAUCCAAAUAAUAAUAAUAAAUUGAAAGGAACGCCAACGAGGAGUAGGUCUCAAGCAAGUUUAGCAUUAGAAAUAUUUGAACAGCAUCAAGGAACACAUAUUUUACAGUCUCUUGAUGGUUUCGCAUUAUCUGUAGCUGCCGACGGUAGAUUUUUAUACAUAUCUGAAACAGUUUCAAUAUACCUUGGGUUGUCACAGGUGGAAAUGACUGGUAGUAGUAUAUUUGACUAUGUCCAUCAAGGCGAUCAUGCAGAAAUUGCAGAACAACUCGGACUUGGUCUCACAGGUAGUGGGCCCUCAGGAUCGUCGACAUCUGGAGCACCAUCACCUGCAAGUGCUGGUUCCGACGAUGGAGCCACGAAUUCUGGAACCAAUAACCCAGAUGUGGCUACUCAAAUGACAAUGGCCUCAAAUAGCCAAUACAAGGGAAUAGACAGAGCAUUUUGUGUACGAAUGAAAUCAACAUUAACGAAACGUGGGUGUCAUUUCAAAUCUUCAGGAUAUCGGGUAGUUUUAAUGCUGUGCCGAUUGCGGGCGCAAUACGCAUUUAGUCACAAUAGAAAAUCAACGCCGCCACUGCUGGGGAUGGUCGCCUUGGCCAUAGCGCUGCCGCCUCCGUCUGUUCAUGAGAUUCGAUUGGAACAAGACAUGUUUGUCACUAGAAUCAACUUCGAUUUUCGGAUAGCCCAUUGCGAACCAAAAGUCGCAGAUCUAUUAGAAUACACAGCUGAAGAAAUGACGGGUAAAAAUCUCUAUUCUUUAUGUCAUGGCGAAGAUGCUAGCAAAUUACGAAAAUGUCACGUUGACUUAAUCAAUAAGGGACAAGUUUUAACACAUUACUAUCGUUUAAUGAAUAAAAACGGAGGAUACACCUGGAUCCAAACAUGUGCCACUGUAGUAUGUAGUUCAAAGAAUGCUGAAGAACAAAAUAUAAUCUGUGUCAAUUACGUCAUCAGUGGUAAGGAAAAUGCUCACUUGAUAUUAGACAGCUGUCAGUUGCCCGGAGGAUCAUCAUCUGUACAAGGCGUGAAACGAGAAGAAUCUGGUGGAGAUGGAGCUGGUUCUCCUGACACCGAUUCCAAUAAUAUAUCAAAUAAUGCUUCAUCUGCAACGAGUACGUUGACAUCCACGCCAAAUGUUAGUCAACAAGAAACUAGCCAACGAGGCAAUAGCACAAACACAAAUGAAACAAUUACGAAACGCGGCCAUAAAAGGAAACAAAGCGAGGCAGACAGUUGCUGCAGUGACGAGAGCCAGGAUAGAACCAAUUCAACACCACCUGCCAAGAUUAGUGCUGAUGUUAUAGAACCGGAUCCUGAACCGCCGAGUGUGAGGGAUUUGGAGCAUGCUAUGUCCAAGCAUUUGCCAACUCAGACGACCACUGAUUUUAGCACUGAUACCUUACUUAAGCAGCAACAGAAAAGUAGUACGAUCCAAUGGAUCGGGACGCACCAUGCUCAAGCGCAAAUGCCUGCAUCGGCACUUCUUCGGCAGUUGUACGCAAAUAGGGAGAGUGUGAUCCGGGCAACUACGAGAACAACAGGACCUUUCUACGAAGGUCAAAGUACACCACCUGGCACAGACGGAUACACGGAUCCCCAAUUUACCGCAUUGCAGAAAGGAGAUGCGUUUACUAAUUUAGUUUCCACUUACGGAGGUUAUCAUUCUACUCCUGCAGAUUACCAUUCUGCAAUGACGCCUCCGAGUUCAGUUUCUCCUAGGGAUAAGACUGCUAACGUCCCAAGUGUGGUAACAGGACCUACAGGCUACGAAGGAUUCGCGAGCUACGCCUCGACUGAUGCGCUCCAGUUGCCUUUGAAACCUCAAGCCUACCCAGCAAUGCACGGGGCCCCAUUGGACGCAUACGGAGCACUGGAGCAGAGCCAAUUUUAUUCUCAUCAUAGUGGGUUCCAUCUGUAUCACAAAGGUUCACCGGCUGCCGGCUGGUAUUCAGCGCCAUCAUAGAAAUAGGAUCUGGAUUUGUGCGACGUUCCGUAUGUAUCCAAAGUGAAUAUUGUUUGAAAGAGACUUGAAUAACCAAGCCGUCUAUUCCAUGAAGCAACUUACCAUAUAUUUGACUACUAACAAAUGAAGAAAUUCAUUUGUAUCUGUAGAAACUGGCAAAUCGUGUUUUACAAGAUGUUACAUCUAUUAAAACUUACUUUUAUAUACAGAAAAAUAUAUUUAUUACUUAUGUGUAUGCAUUAGACAACUUAAGAGACGCGAUCACGACGAUUGGGAAUUGUAUAUGAAUCCUUACAUGAGAUUCACAAAAUUAAAAUUUGAAACUAUAUAAUUCAUGAAUCUAAUAUCAUUUAUUCAUUUAGAAAUUUUACAUAUACCAAAUAAAAAUGCACGCAGCCAGCCAAUCAGUCGAGAUAUACAAAAAUCAUUUUUUUUUCAAAAUCAACUGUAGUCAACCCUCCUACAACGCUGUGAGUUCGUGCCGUGUAAUAUGGUAA